GCACAAUCAUUCUUUGAUUGUCCUUUUUGUCAAUAGAAACCCUUUUAUUGUUUCUAUUAAAAUCAAACAAAGAAAAAAAAAGUAGAAAAAAAAAACCGAAAAGACAUGGAAAAGUUAAGAUUUGCUCUUGUGUUGCUAGCGUGGUGUCUUUCAACAUCGCUGGUUAAAGGAGGAGAUCCUACUUUGUUCUUUGAAUGGAAAGUUACCUAUGGCACCAUCUCUCCCCUUGGUGUGCCCCAACAAGUCAUUUUGAUCAAUGACAAAUUUCCAGGACCUAUUAUCAAUGGCACCUCGAAUAAUAACGUUGUUGUCAAUGUCUUCAACCAGUUGGAUGAGCCAUUCCUUUUCACAUGGAACGGUGUACAACAGAGGAAAAACUCUUGGCAAGAAGGUACACUAGGUACCAAUUGUCCCAUUCCUCCUGGAAGCAAUUUCACAUACCAAUUCCAGGUCAAGGAUCAAAUUGGAAGCUUUUUCUAUUACCCUACCACGGCUUUGCAUCGGGCAGCUGGUGGAUAUGGUGGCAUCAGUGUCCAUAGUCGCGCAUUGAUUCCCGUACCCUAUGAUGUUAACCCUGCUGACGAGUUCUUUGUCCUUGUGAGUGAUUGGUACACCAAGAGUCAUACCCAAUUGAAGAAGUUUUUGGACAGUGGACGCUCAAUGGGAAGGCCCGAAGGAGUCAUCAUCAAUGGCAAGAGUGGCAAAGGCGAUGGCAAGGAUGAGCCAAUGUUCUCUAUGACCCCCGGAAAGACAUAUCGGUAUAGGUUUUGUAAUGUCGGCAUGAAGGAUUCUAUCAAUGUUAGAAUCCAAGGACAUACCAUGAAAUUGGUGGAAAUUGAAGGAUCCCACACCGUGCAAAACAUGUACGAUUCACUUGAUGUACACUUGGGACAAUGUAUGUCUGUCUUGGUGAACGCUGACAAAGACCCCAAGGAUUACUUCCUUGUGGCCUCUACGCGAUUCACCAAGGAACCCCACACUGCUACUGCCACAAUCCGCUACACUAAUGGCAAAGGCCCUGCCUCACCAGAGUUGCCAAAGGCCCCAGUUGGCUGGGCUUGGUCACUCAACCAGUUCCGCUCUUUCCGUUGGAAUUUGACAGCAAGUGCAGCUAGACCUAAUCCACAGGGAUCUUACCACUACGGUCAAAUCAACAUUACACGCACCAUCAAACUAGUGAACACAGCCGGGCAAGUGGACGGAAAGCUCCGAUAUGCCCUCAAUGGUGUCUCACAUGAGAACCCUACAACCCCAAUUAAGUUGGCCGAAUACUAUGGUGUUGCAGACAAGGUAUUCAAAUAUGACCUUAUGAAGGAUGAUUAUGAACUUCCAGCAGGGAAAGCAGAAGAUAAGAUCACACUAGCACCCAAUGUAGUUAAUGCCACUUACCGUAACUUUGUGGAGAUCAUCUUUGAGAACCACGAGAAGAGCGUUCAAUCUUUUCACUUGGCCGGGUAUUCCUUCUUUGCUGUUGCGGUUGAACCAGGGAAAUGGAACCCCGAGAAGAGGAGGAACUACAACUUGCUUGAUGCCGUAUCCAGGAAUACCAUCCAAGUUUAUCCUAACUCAUGGGCAGCCAUAAUGACCACUCUUGAUAAUGCUGGUCUCUGGAACCUGAGGUCCAACUCAGUGGAAAGACAAUACUUGGGACAGCAGCUUUACUUCAGCGUCCUCUCUCCAAAAAGAGAUUUGAAAGAUGAAUACAACAUGCCAGACAAUGAUGUCUUGUGUGGCAUCAUCAAGGACAUGCCUCUUCCAAAACCUUAUUCCGUAUAAACAUUUUAAUUAUGAUUUCAUAAUAAAUUUUUGCUCCUAACUCUGAUGUUUCACGGUAAAGAAUUGUCAAGUUCUUUUAUUUAGGGAUUAAUAUUUUGUGUUAGAGUGAGGACUUUAGCAUAAUCAAAGAAAAGAAAAAAAAAAAGUGGCGAGAAGGAUGUUUAUAUGUGAAGGGAUUGAAGAGUUGAAGCAACCGACGAAGAAAUUGGCCGUCCUUUUUUCCAAGCGGAAUAUAAAUUCCUUCUUUUUUGUUCUAAAUAGCAUAGUCAAGAAAUGAAUUUGUUAUUUGUAACUUAAUGCAUUGAUCAAAUCACUUAUAAAUAAGAGGACAACGAAUGUUUCUCAUC